AUGGUCGGCAUAGCUUUACUCGGAGCCGGAAUCUUUGCCAGAGAACAACAUCUGCCGGCUAUUGAGGCAGUUGAACAUUUCAGUCUCAAAGCCGUCUACUCACGGUCUGAGCAAGCGGCAAUAUCGCUUGCGACCCUAGCCCGGGGCAGCGUUGACAUUUACUUUGAUAGUCCCCCCAGACCUGGAAGGUCACUCGACGAUCUCCUCGCAAGAUCUGACAUAGCUGCAGUGUCAUCAUGUGCUACCAUUCUCGUCCAGCCCGAACUUGUCUGGAAGGCCCUGAAAGCCGGAAAGCAUGUGUUGAGCGAAAAGCCGAUAGCACAGGACACCAAAACUGCUAUGGAACUUGUCCGAUGGUACAAUUCUCAGUCACACCCUCCGAUCUGGGCCGUUGCUGAGAAUUUUCGGUUUAAUGAGAGCCUGAGGUAUGCCGAGACGAGAAUCCGAGAAAUGGGGGGACAACUUGCAUCCUUUCGUUUGAGCUACUAUGGAUUAAUAAAAAAGGAAAAUAAAUAUUUCAAAACAGAAUGGCGCAAGGCUCCAGAAUUUCAAGGCGGAUUCCUUGUCGAUAGUGGAAUCCACUUUAUUGCCAGCCUCCGGCUUCUUCUCGGUGCCAUUGGACAAGAGGCGAAGGAGGUACUGGCUUUGUCCAGUUUGCUUGAGAAGCAUCUUCAUCCUGUUGAUACCAUACAUGCUAUUGUGUCCACCACUGAUUCUCGACACGGAACAAUUUGCAUCUCCUUCGGGGUAGAACACAAAUCCACUCUGGAGAUGGAAAUUAUCAGUACUCGUGGCGUUGUUGUUUGGACACCUGUCAGUGUCAAAUCAAUGAUUGAAUCGGAUUCAGGGGAGUCAAUGGAGGAGACAAAAGAAUUCACCUACAACAAUGCUGUCAUGGCUGAGUUUGAGGCAUUCGGUCAAGCCAUAUUGCAGAACAGCCCUGACCGACGUCAGAGUCCGCUGGAAGCCCUCAAUGAUCUUUCUCUUCUACAGGGUUUGUUGGAAUCUGCAGAAUCUAAUGGCUCUAUAAAGGUCGUUGAUCUAAGUAGGGGUCAAAACAUACAUUCCUAG